AUGAAAAACAAGUAUUGCAAGGCAACGAGGGUGAGAGAACACCUUGCCGGAGGCAAGCUAUUCGGGAAACUUUGGCAGAAGUGGAUCAGUGCGGUGAUGACUGCCAGGAAGGAGCUUGGCCUGAAAGGCUUCUGCGCGGUAGGCACAAGGCGCACUAUGCCAAGAGCAAAGCCCUUUAUGCAGUGUGAGCGUGAUGGGAGCCUCGCCAUGAAACCCCGUCUGGAUGAUCCGACAGUGGCACAGCUCGCCGAGAAAGUUGUCCAGACCACGUUUGCCCAAGAACAUCAGCAGCUCGGGUUGUUUCAGGAGUACUUCGUUCCUGGCGGUCCCGACGUUUCCCAUGAGCCGGGAUACGUACUGGUGGAUCGAAAAGCGUGA